AUUGCAGAUUUUUCUCCCUGUGUUCUUUUUCUGGAUGUCCGGGAAGAAUUGUUUCUUGCCACUUGGCUGGCUUGUUUUUCUAAUUUUAUUGCCUUUUCUGUUUUCUACUUUAGUCUUUUUAAUUUGCUUUCUAGGAGUUUCCCUCAACUUUUUUUCCAAUCCUUCCAUUGAUUGUUUUUUGCUUUGGUCGCUGUAGAAAUAACCCAGAGUUCUGUUUUGUUCUAUCUCUGUUGUGUUUAACAGUGUCUUUUAUUAACGGCACAAUCUUUUUUGCUUCUGGGGAUAUUAAUACUACUUGUGUGCUUCUUUCUUCUUGUUUUUGUGAGUUUCUUUCUGGCAUGGUCUUCAUCUCCCCCAGGUGAGCCCUCUGUGGCCUUGGCUUGUCUAGAUCACAGGCUUCCCAGGAGCACUCUCAUUGAGGGCCUGGCCCGGGGCAGGGCUCACGUGCUCGGGGUUGGCCUGUGGUGUCACUGGGGGCGCUCUCUGGCCUUCAGUACCCUGGCCCUACCUCAUACCUUCGUGUCUGCCUCCUGCCAGCCUCUGGGUUCCUAUGUGGCUGUCUCACAGCUGGCGCCCUAGGGUCUGGUCUGCUCAUUCACUUCUCACUUGUUUGCUGCCCUCCACUUCUGGAACCCUGCUGCUGGCACUGCUGCCCCAGCCCUUCGCUGUUCAUAGCCCUGUUUUGUCCCUUACUCACUGGGGUCGCCAGGGUUUAGAGGUCAGGGCAUCCAGCCCACUGUCUUCCACCCACCUCGGCCUGGCCUCUGUUCCUGAGUGUUUUUAACUUAAUGGAGAUCGUGCUCUGUCCCUUGCUUUUUCCUCUUCUCACCCUUACAGUAGAACGUUUCCUCAUGCUUCUAAAAACCGUAGGAAUGUUUACGAUGGCCAGUUUGGCCCGUUUGUGUAAGUGACACUAUCAUUCACCAUUUAGCUUCUCCCUGUGUUUGAGUGUUAAGAAUGAUGCUGAAAUGAGCAUCCUGAGCAUAAAACAUUUCAGGUCAGUGGUGUAUGACCUUGGAAGCAAAUUCCUGCCCAGGAAUUUCUGUCAGGGAAGCUGAAGCCUUAUAAGGGUGCUUCUAGAGGGAAAGGAAGGUCUUUCAUGGUUGUUUCCCUUAAUCUGGACAAAGAGUCGUAACGUGCCCUUUCACAGUCAGUGCCCCCGAACCUGCCCACAGGUAGCUGCUGGGCCCACGGUGCCACCCUCCAGUUCUCCCAUCUGGGCAGGCUCCUCAGCCAAGGUGGGAGUUACUGACCCCCAUGCUCUCCGCAGUGGGGACAGGACAGAGCUCUAACUUGAAACAGAGCGAGAGAGACCGACCCCUGGGUCGCAGAGGUCGCUUGCAGGGCCUCAGGAUGGACUCGGCCUUGCAGCAGGGUGGAGCCAGGCCCUCUGCGCCUUGGUCUCCCCUCCGUGGACAGGUUUGGGCCCCAAGCUCUGUAGGAGCAGGACUCUGAGGUCAGAGAGCAGUGAGGGGCUGACGGUGCCCAGGGAGGAAGGGUAGUUGCCCCUCCAGCCGGUGGCAAGCAGGUGGGCCCCUCCUCUCACUCAGGGGCCUGCAGAGCUGAGCUUGCCCAGAAGAACCUGCACCGCGGUGACCAGGCACAAUUUGUGGAGGGCAGAACGCAUAGAUUGUUCUUUUAGCACAAGUUUCUGAAUAAAGACCUCUUUGUGGAAAGCAGCGUUUGCCUUGGGCCCAGUUCUGCCUCUCCUUGCAGAGGGCAGAAGCUGGUUACAUGCACAGGUGGUGAAUGAGCCGAAUCUUCUCUUCACAGCCGGGUGGAGAAGGCUGUACACUGUGCCCUCCCUAGUCCUGAAUGCUGACCAGACCCCGGGCCGGCAGGGUGGGCUGGCCAGGGCUGCCUGAUCUUACCCCCCACCCCGCCGGCGCAGCCCUACUGUGCUUCCGCUGCUCCCGUUAGGCCCUCCUCCCUCUCGUGCUUCUUCCUCACCUCCUCCUGGGUCUCCCCAGGCCAUCCCAGGGGCUGCCCGCCGGGUGGCCAUCCCGAAAAGCUGGCUCUUUUGGGUCUUUGUGAUGCUCUGCAGGGCUGUGAGCGGCCUCUCAGGAGGGACUGCUUGUGGCCAUGAUGUGGGGCUCUCCAGAUAGGAACUCAGGGUUCCAGGGCCCACCCUAGCAGGCAGAUGCACUGUGGUCAAGGACCCUAGACAAUGGGGAGUCCUGUGGGCUGUGGGUUUUCCUCUGCUGCGUGAGAGAACCUGGAACCUGACCCUGGGCUUGUGGGGGGACGGACCCUGACACGUGGAAGGCCAUGCGUAGCACAAGGAUGUGGGAAAUGUUCGGUCCUGCUGGCCAGGGUGAUGUGGAAGAGUUAGAGUUCUCUAUCUAGAACACCUGCACGCUGGUGACAGUUACCAUUGCGUACCUAAUGGAACGACUCCGGCAGGCGCCCCGUUGUAACCCCCCGGCCGGACACCACAGACACAUCUGUGUCCUGUGUUCACGUCUGCUUCCCCUUCAGAUGCUGGAUGAGAACCACCACCUGAUACAGUGUAUCCUGGACUACCAGAGCAAGGGCAAGACGGCCGAGUGCACCCAGUACCAGCAGAUCCUGCACCGGAACCUGGUCUACCUGGCCACGAUUGCGGACUCCAACCAGAACAUGCAGUCCCUGCUCCCUGCCCCGCCAACCCAGAACAUGAACCUGGGCCCCGGAGCACUGUCCCAGAGCAGCUCCAGCCAGGGCCUGCACUCCCAGGGCAGCCUCAGCGAUGCCGUUGGCACGGGCCUGCCCCCGUCCUCCCUCAUGCAGGGCCAGAUCGGGAACGGUCCAAACCACGUGUCCAUGCAGCAGACAGCUCAGAGCACGCUGCCCACCACCUCCAUGAGUAUGUCAGGCAGCGGCCACGGCUCGGGGCCUGGCUACAGCCACUCGGGACCCGCCUCGCAGAGCGUGCCCCUGCAGGGCCAGGGCGCCAUCGGCAACUACGUGUCACGGGCCAACAUCAACAUGCAGUCCAACCCAGUGUCCAUGAUGCACCAGCAGGCAGCCUCGUCUCACUACAACUCGGCACAGGGCGGGAGUCAGCAUUACCAGGGCCAGUCGUCCAUCGCCAUGAUGGGCCAGAGCGGCCAGGGGAGCAGCAUGAUGGGGCAGCGGCCCAUGGCGCCCUACCGGCCCUCCCAGCAAGGGUCGUCCCAGCAGUACCUGGGCCAGGAGGAAUACUACGGUGGCGAGCAGUAUGGUCACAGCCAGGCCGCCUCGGAGCCCAUGGGCCAGCAGUACUACCCUGACGGACACGGCGACUACGCCUACCAGCAGUCAUCCUACACGGAGCAGAGCUACGACCGGUCCUUUGAGGAGUCCACGCAGCACUACUACGAGGGCGGAAACUCGCAGUACAGCCAGCAGCAGGCGGGGUACCAGCAGGGCACAGCCCAGCAGCAGGCGGGGUACCAGCAGCAGUACCCCAACCAGCAGAGCUACCCCGGGCAGCAGCAAGGCUACGGGCCUGCCCAGGGAGCCGCCUCGCAGUACUCCGGCUACCAGCAAGGACAAGGCCAGCAGUACGGAAGCUACAGAGCGUCUCAGACAGGCCCGUCGGCCCAGCAGCAGCGGCCUUACGGCUAUGAGCAGGCAAGACCCAGCGUGUCUGUGGAGACAGGACCAAGGGCCAGUAUGGAAAUUACCAGCAGUAAGGAAGAAGCGGCUCUUGUUAGAGCCUUGCGGUGGCAUGUCCCUCCAUGGCUGGUCGGGCUGGUGGCAGUUCUGAUGAACUCCGACCUCUUGGUUGCCCUUCGGCCCCACACAGCGUCUGCAUGUGAAGCGUGCACAUUUCAUGCUGGGUAUGAUGCCAAGCAUGCUGGCGAGAGACAGCGCUUUGAUGGUGUGACGUAUCUGGUGCUGUGUGUAGGAUUGUAUGUCCAUGCAGUGGGGAGGUUGUCUCUUUUUUGUCCCCCCUCCUUGAUGUUUCUAGCUAGUGUUAGGGGUCCUCUUGUCAUCAGAGUAUUCUGUGCCCAGGAAUGGGACACAGCUACAAGAUGCCAUAGUCCGUGUGUUCACAUAAAUGGGCCUCAGGUCCGACUCUCCUCACACACUUGUCGAAAUGUGGGUUGUAAACUUGUCUUUCACUGGCUACACCGCAGCUGGACACACACCACAGCCCCUGGAUGGCCGCCUCUUCCUGUGCCUCCAUGGGGGGAAGGCAUCUUCUAUGUCUUGGGUCAGUGUCUGUUACACAAUGAAAGGGAUAAAUAUGCUUCAUGCGGAGAGGCUGUGAACAGUCUUUCCCAGAGCUCACACAUUACCUGUGUCUCUCGCCAAUUGUGUUUAUCCAAAAUGUCCUAUGUGUUUGUACUAAAAAGUACAGAGGGAUCAAUGAUUAUAUUCCAAAUAAACAUACAAUUAGCCUAACCCAGGGAAGGAAAGAGGGUAGUUUCUGAAGGAAAGAGAGGGCUCUCUGAAAUGGCUGGCAUUGGCCCUUGUUUAUCUGAUGGUCACUUAUGGGAUUUAGAUAUUUGAUAUGCCCAAUUCUAAAUUGAUAACUUAAAAUAUUUAUACCAAAUUUUCCAAACAGUUGGCAAGUUGUUUGUUUUAUAUUAUUUCUUCCAGGACUUACUUGUUCAGAUCUCCAAGCAAGCGUUCCUUUUCUUUUAGAGAUAUCUGAAAUUCAGAUCUUAUUUUUAAAAAGAAUCCCACAAAUUUUACUGUGUUCUUCCUAAUGAAAAGGAAAGGUUUUAUAUGGGAAAAUUUGAGUAAAUUUUACAUUCCUAGGACAUUAAAUCCCAUUUAAAUUCUACACAAACAUUAAAGACAGCUCACUUGGAAAAGUAUAGUCAAAAGAAAAACUCUGUAUUUCACUAAUUAGUAAUACAGAUAUUCUGUCAACUUUUACCUGGACAGUAAUACCCACAUGAAUACUUUAAAAACAUCUUUGGAUAAAUGCUGACAUACUUCUAAGAACAACCAAGAAAAUAAAUAAAAAAUCCAAUUCUUGAUAUAUCAGGUCUACUGAAAAUGAUUUUUUAAAUUGAUAAGUUUCAGAAAUGUUUUAAAAGUCUAAAGUAGUUCUUUAUCCAGAGCUGUUGAAUGGUUUACAGUUUAUGAGGUAUUUUAUGUUGUUUUUGUUUUGUUUUGUUUUUUUGCUUGAAUGAAUCCUGACAGUCCACACUGGGAAAUAUGGGGGCAAUUACUGUUCCCAUUUUACCGAUGAAGAACCAAGGCGCAGAUUAAAGAUUGCCCCAGACGAGUGCCAGUUCUAUUCUAGGAUAUUUUCCCCUCUUCUGUGGGGACAGAAUCAUGCAAGCACUGGGAUAGGAGUGUUUAUCUUAGAGGCAUAUGGGUUUUAAAAACUCUUGACACUGGUAAGGGCUUAAAAAUACAUAUCUAUAUUAAAUUCUGAAAUGAGAGUUCUUAAUUGCUAAAUGACACAGACAUUAGCAAUUUCAUUUAGGGAGGUGUCUCCCUCGCUUCUGUUCUUUCUUGGCAGUUUUCAUAGAGCUAAUUUGCAAACUCAUCCGGGGACUAAAAUUCCCCAUUGAAAAUGUUAAACAUUUUAGAUAACUGUGAAAGUCGUUUUAUUUUUAUUCCUUACCAAUCUGCGAAUAUGCCUUUUGUGUGUGUGUGUGUGAUUUUUUUAAGUGCUGUAUUAAUACUUUUUGAAAGAAAAGGACACUUGAACUUAUCCCAAAACUUCAAUCUGAAAUGUCUUACAUUAAGAAUUUCUUGAAUGUUGUGUAUAUAUUUUAAAAAGCACUUUGUGAAAUAGUUUGUACAUUUAUUUCCUAAUUUAUACAUGAUUUUUGGUAUUAAUAUAUUUAAUGAUUAAUAACAGAAUGUUUAUUUAAUGUGCUGUCCAUUUUUAUGUAAUAUUGUGGGGGAAAAGUGAUGCCAGCAGUUCUUUUUCAUUAAAGAUAUUAUAUCUUCUCUUCUGUAAUAUGUUUGCAAAAGCUUAGGCUAAAGUGAGUUGUUUGUGCAGUGUGUUCGAUGGUGCUUUGUUUUUUAUGACUGCUUCCACAGAAGGCCAGUGGACCUGGACGUUGGCGCUCAUUCUUCCUGAGAUGUCCCUGACCCCCAGCAGGUUGUGGAUUUGAGACAUGCCCAUGGUGUCCAGAAGUGCUCACAAACUCACAGCGGCUGCAAGGCCUUGCCCUGGUGCGUGGUGGGCUGGGACCCAGGCUGCUGGAAGGCCCCCAGUGCUCGCCGCCCCCCGGUCCUGCCGACGUUGUGCGAGCAGGCGCUCCGAGGGCAGCGCUGCUGCUGCCGUUCCCCUUUAGAUUUGUGGAGCUCUUCCUUCAUUUCUAUUAAUUGAACAGGUCAGAUUCAUCUCAUUUGUGAGCACAGUACAUUUUCUGGAAAACAUCCUAUCAGUUCAUUUUUUUCCAGUCAGAGUUUGGCGCCCAUAAAUUGCUUAUGAUUUGGUGUAAUGUACGAAUAAACUGGUUCUUCAAAACCACUCUAA